AUGGCACGACCAGAAUGUGUUUGGGAGGCAACUUGGAUUUCAUUAUCAGAUGAUAUUUUACAUGAAGAAAGAAGAAUUAUGGAUAAUCCAGAGGCUGAGCUAACAGACGAUGAACUAAAAAAUCGUUGUCUACAAAAGUUGGAUAAUUUGUUGAAAGGUUGCGGAAAAACGUUAUAUGAAUUUCCAACAAUGCCAACACCGGUUUUCACUGAAGAAGAAGUUGACAACACCAAUAGACUAAUAUGUGAAGAACUGCGUUAUAAUAGGUGCUCUUUGUCUAAAGAACAUGAAGAAUUAUUGGUUAAAUUGACAACUGAGCAAAAAUCAUCUGCCAUUAGAUGUAAAGGAGAUAUUGUGUUAACAGUUGCGUCAAGCGGAAUUGCGUCUCUUUUGUUACCAGGAGGUCGGACAGCGCAUUCUAGAUUUGCAAUCCCACUAAAUGCAACUGAAGAUUCAACAUGUAAUAUCAAACAAGGUACUCCUUUAUCAAAAUUGAUUUUCAAGGCAAAGUUAAUUAUUUGGGAUGAAGCACCAAUGAUGCAUAGACAUUGUUUUGAAGCUCUAGACAGAACUCUAAGAGAUAUUCUUAGAUUUAAAGAUGCAUCCAAUGUAGAUCGUCCUUUUGGAGGAAAAACCGUUGUUCUUGGUGGUGAUUUUAGACAAAUACUUCCUGUCAUUCCAAAGGGUACAAGACAAGAUAUUGUUAAUGCUACCCUUAAUUCUUCAUAUUUGUGGAAUAAUUGUCAAGUGUUAACGCUAUCAAAAAAUAUGAGGUUGGAAGGUAAUCAGUUGGAUUCACAUUUGAAUGAUCUCAGAAAAUUUUCUGAUUGGAUUUUAGCAAUAGGUGAUGGCAUGGUUGGCAAUUCUAUUGAUGGUAUCGAUAAAGUUCACAUCCCUGAUGAUCUUAUAAUAAGCAAUUGUGAUGAUCCAAUUUGUGCGAUAGUGGAAAGUACAUAUCCGGAUUUUUUAAGUCAUUGCAGUGAUAUAACAUACCUGCAGCAAAGAGGAAUUCUUGCUCCCACUCUUGAUAUGGUUGAAUCUGUAAAUGAAUACAUGGUUUCUUUAAACAAUAGUCAACCAAAAUUAUUUUUUAGUUCCGAUACAAUUUGCAUGUCAGAAGACAAAUUUACAGGUUUGGAACACGUACAUACGCCUGAAUUUUUAAACACUAUUAAAUGUUCUGGAAUUCCAAAUCAUGUUAUCACUUUGAAAGUGGGUGUUCCAGUGAUGUUAUUGAGAAAUAUAGACUCAUCUUCAGGGCUAUGUAAUGGAACAAGAUUAAUCAUCACUAGACUGGGAAAUCGGGUUAUUGAAGCUAAAAUUUUAUCGGGAAAUAUGACUGGACAAAAGGUCUUCAUUCCAAGAAUGUCAUUAACUCCAUCUGAUGCAAGAAUACCUUUCAAGUUCCAGAGGAGACAAUUCCCAAUCGUUGUAUCAUUUGCAAUGACGAUAAACAAAAGUCAAGGAGAAUCUUUAUCGCAGGUUGGGUUAUAUUUGAAAAAACCAGUUUUCACACAUGGUCAGCUUUACGUUGCUCUAUCCCGGGUUACAACAAGAAAAGGAUUAAAGAUUUUGGUUUAUGAUGACGAUGGUGAAAUUUCAAAUGAAGCAAUAAAUGUGGUUUACAAGGAGGUUUUCCGUAAUUUACGUGGAGAAUAAAAGUUGUUGUUGUUAAAGUUAUUACGAGUCCAUUAUCUGGCUAAACAAACUUCAAAAGCAGCCAUAUCAUUUAGCUUCCUAGACUAUGCAGGUCUUAUGGGGCAUAUCUACUCUUUGAAGACAUAUGACAAGAAUUGUAGAUCCGCUAAUAACGCAUCAUCAAUAGGAGCAGCUGAUGACUUCAAUUCUCACAUUUUUCCUUUAAAUGCACAAAUCCAUCCUCUAACAAUGUUAUUUCAGUUUCACAUGUGCCUAAAUGCAUGAUAUUAUUUGAGAAAAUUGAGCUCGCUAUGAUUCGCUAUGCUUGCCUUUGUGUCUUGGUCCUGUCCACCAUUUUCCUCAAGGAAGCUGCUGCUUAUGGGCUCUGCCUUGCAGAGAUUGGUGAGAUGAUGAGCAGGGAGUUUUGUCGUGGGGAGGAGAAACCCAACGAGCUUGAAGUAUUUUGUUUAGAGGCAAGAAAGUUGAUUGCUGCGAGAGAGAUUUUAUCUCCAAAGGCUGACGUUAAUGAGGAGGAGUUCCAAUUUGACAUAGAUUACGAGGAUGAAGGGUAUGCUUUUUAGCCCAAAUAUGACCUCUGAAGACUUCAUGACCAGGAACCCAUUGCAGUUUCCAUAGUUGAUAGAUGAUAACUCCUUAUACAAUUUGUCAAAAUAGAUCCUUAGACCAUAUGUAUUUCUUUCUGGAUAAGCUAUUAAGCUAUAUCCAGCAAUUUGGGACAUGUAAAGAAUGUUCAGGAUUUUUUACAAUUUUUUUCAUGUCACAGUUGUUGGAGCCGUUGAUGGCACAUCUGGAGAGGCAGUCACAAUGCGAGUA